AUGAAUUCAACUUUAACAUUUUUUUCUUCUCCUGCAGCUUCCGAAGAAGAAAUAAUGAGUAACAUAAAGAUUCAGUGUAUUGCUAUUAUCGGAAAAAUGAAUAAUCCGUUAUAUAUUAAAAAUUUUACUGAUACACAUCCAGAUUUAAAAUAUCAUUAUAUUGCUCAUACUUCAAUUGAUGUUAUUGAAGAGAGAAUUCUUGAUGCUGUAAUUAAAAAUACUGAUAUGAAAAAUAUAUUUCGAAAGAUUCAUACCGCAUAUAUUAAUCAAGUUUGUAAUCCAUUUUAUAAUUUGGAUGGUAAAAAAUCAAUUGUUAGCAAAAAAUUCAUUGCAGCUAUUGAUAGUAUUGGUAAAUCAAACAAAAUUAAUGUAUAA